AUUCAACUUCCGCUAACAUUAGCGGCCGGUGUUUGUUGACAGCAACGCCGCUUAGCCUUACAUUACCACUGUAGUUUCGCCGUGUUGUCGGGGAAAAUGGCGUUGUCUAACACAUACAAACUCCGGUGCUCCAUCCCUGGCCACGAAAUGGACGUGAGGGGACUCGCGGCUGCUCUUUUCCCAGACGGCGCGUUCGUUUCUGUGUCGAGGGACCGAACCGGAAGAGUCUGGGUACCAAACUCAAGCCCAGACAAAGGCUUCACAGAGAUGCACUGCAUGUCCGGCCACUCGAAUUUUGUAUCCUGUGUAUGCAUUAUUGCUCCAAAUGAAACAUAUCCUCGAGGACUUAUUGCCACUGGUGGGAAUGACAAUGAUAUCUGCAUUUUCUCAAUGGACAGUCCACAGCCCCUAUUCACUCUUAAGGGCCACAAAAAUACAGUUUGCACCCUGUCCUCUGGGAAGUUUGGGACACUUUUGAGCGGCUCCUGGGACACCACAGCUAAAGUCUGGCUCAAUGAAAAGUGUAUGAUGACCCUGCAGGGCCACUCUGCUGCAGUUUGGGCUGUGGUCAUAUUACCUGAACAAGGCCUCAUGCUUUCUGGAUCAGCCGAUAAAACCAUCAAGCUUUGGAAAGCGGGUCGAUGCGAGAAAACUUUCACAGGUCACGAGGAUUGCGUAAGGGGACUAGCAGUGAUCAGCAACACUGAGUUCUUCUCUUGCAGCAAUGACGCCAGUAUCAGAAGGUGGCACGUGAAUGGCGAAUGUUUGCAGGUCUAUUAUAGCCACACCAACUACAUCUACAGCUUAGCUGUCUUUCCCAACUGCGAAGAUUUUGUAAGUACAGGAGAGGACAGGACUUUGAGGAUAUGGAGGAAGGGAGAAUGUACUCAGACCAUCCGUCUGCCUGCCCAGUCUGUCUGGUGCUGCUGUAUUCUUCCUAAUGGAGACAUAGCUGUGGGAGCCAGUGAUGGAAUUAUCCGUGUUUUUACGGAAACUGAGGACCGCAUUGCCAGUGCAGAAGACCUGCAGGCUUUUGAAGACGAGCUCUCCAAAACCACCAUUGACCCCAAGACAGGCGACCUUGGCGAUAUCAAAAUGGAAGAUCUUCCUGGAAGAGAACACCUUAAUGAGCCUGGAAAUCGUGACGGACAGACACGACUGAUUAAAGAUGAAGAGAAGGUGGAGGCAUAUCAGUGGAGCGUCAGCGAUGGUCGCUGGGUAAAAAUCGGAGAUGUAGUUGGAGGCUCCAAUCAACAGACUUCCAAGAGUGUGAUGUAUGAAGGAAAGGAAUAUGACUACGUCUUCACCAUUGACGUAAAUGAGGGAGGGCCGUCCAUGAAGCUGCCUUACAAUGUCUCGGAUGAUCCCUGGCUGACGGCGCACAACUUCUUGCAGAAGAAUGACCUGAGCCCCAUGUUCCUUGACCAGGUUGCCAAUUUUAUCAUAGAGAACACUAAAGGUCAUGUGAUAGGACCAGCCCAGCCUGCUGGCGGUGAUCCAUUCACUGGAGGAGCUCGGUAUAUUCCCGGGGCGUCUGAUAAUGGGCCAGGCUUUGGAGCGGAUCCCUUCACAGGCUCUGGUCGCUACAUCCCAGGGUCUGGGGUGAACCCAAGUGCUCCUGUGGGUCCAGCAGAUCCCUUCACAGGUGGAGGCGCAUACUCCUCUGCAGCCCUCAGACAAAUCACAACUAACAUCUAUUUCCCCAAGACUGAUCCUGUGACUUUUGAGCAAGCCAGUAUCACACAGAUCAUUGCCAAGCUGAAGGAGUUGAAUGACAGUGCCCCUCAGGGGCACAAGCUAUCUGAUGAGAUUUUGGAAAGUCUCGAAAGGCUGCUGGUGUCCGUCUGUGGGCCGAACUCCUCGGAACCUCUUCCAAACAUCCAGCAAAUCAAUCUACUGUGGAAAGCUUCUCACUGGCCUGAAGACAUCGUAUUUCCGGUCCUGGACAUCAUGAGGCUGGCAGUACGUCACCCGCAGAUUAAUGAGAGCCUCUGUGGAGAGGCAGAGGGAGUCCAGCUGUGCAACCAUCUGCUGAGCCUGAUGAAGCCUGAGGGGCGCCCUGCCAACCAGAUGUUGGCACUGCGGACUCUGUGUAACUGCUUCACUGGCAGGCACGGCCGAGCCCUCCUCCUGGCCCAGCGUGAAGCGGUGCUGUCGCAUGCUGCUGACCUGGCCUCCGUCAGCAAUAAGAACAUCCAUGUUGCUCUGGCCACUCUGGUGCUUAACUAUGCUGGCUGCCUGCACAGCCAACCCGAUCUCGAGGCCAAGGCCCAGUGUCUCUCCGUGGCCAGCAGAGCUCUGGAGACGGUGCAAGACAAGGAGGCUGUGUUUAGGCUGCUGGUGGCCUUGGGAACCACUGUGGCUUCAGACCAAACGGCCCAGGACCUGGCUCGCUCUUUGGGGGUCAAUUCUCAGAUUUCAAAGUACUCAUCGGUGUCUGAUCCAUCUAAAGUGGCUGAGUGUUGCCAACUGGUUUUAAAAGAACUACAAUGAUGUGAAUGAUUAGACAUGAGAGCACUCCUUUCUUACUAUUACUCUGUUCUGCUUAUCAGUUGUGGUGGAGACUUAAAUAAUUGUACCUUCUACAAUAAAAAAGGACAAACAAAAUCA